AUGGCGGACGAACAACCUGCACAACAGCCACCGGCUGCCGAGACCAAGGACUUGCACACCGACCCAGUCACCGGCGAGAAAAUCUCCAAGAGUGAACUGAAGCGCCGCCAGAAGCAGCGCGAGAAGGACGAGAAGAAGAAGGAGAAGGAGGCGUCGCUACCUGCGCGGCCCAAGAAGGAGAAGAAGGACGAUGUCGAGGAAUUGAACCCAAACCAAUAUUUCGAGAUCCGGUCUAACAAGAUCAACGCUCUCCGCGCCUCCAAGCAACCCAACCCGUACCCGCACAAGUUCCACACCAACUACAAGCUCGCCGACUAUGUUCGCGACUACUCGCACCUCAAGAAGGGAGAGACUGAGCCCGAUAAGGAGAUUCGCAUCGGUCUCCGCGUCAUGACACAGCGCUCUGCCUCCAACGCGCUGCACUUCUACGUUUGCAAGGCUGAGGGUGUCAACAUCCAGGUCAUGUGUCAAUUGCAGGAAGCUAAGGCCGACGUACCCUUCGAGAAGCAGCAUGAGAACAUCCAGCGAGGAGACAUCAUCGGUGUCAUCGGAUACCCAGGUCGCACCAGCCCCAAGAAGGGUGGUGAGGGUGAGCUGAGCAUCUUCGCGCGCGAGGUGAUCCUUCUCACCCCCUGCUUGAGGAUGUUGCCGACGGAGCACUUUGGCUACAAGGACCAGGAGCAACGCCACCGCAACCGAUUCCUCGAUCUCAUCAUGAACGACUCAACACGCAACACCUUCAUCACUCGGAGCAGGAUUAUCAAGGCUGUUCGCAAGUACCUCGACGAACGGGACUUUCUGGAAGUUCAGACGCCUAUGAUGAACAAGAUUGCUGGUGGUGCGACUGCGCGACCAUUCAAGACAUACCACAACGAACUCGACAUGGAGCUUUACAUGCGUAUCGCGCCCGAGCUAUACCUCAAGGAGCUUGUAGUUGGAGGUCUGGAGAGGGUAUACGAGAUCGGCCGUCAAUUCCGUAACGAGGGUAUCGAUCUUACCCACAACCCCGAGUUCACCACCUGCGAAUUCUACAUGGCAUACGCCGACUACAACGACGUCCUGAACAUGACCGAGGAGCUCGUCAGCGAGCUGGUCAAGGAGGUCACAGGCGGAUACGAGACCGUCUACCACACUCAGAGCGGCGAGGUCUACAACGUCAACUGGGCAAGGCCAUGGAGGCGAGUCGAGAUGAUCCCGGCAUUGGAGGAGGCCACUGGCGAGAAGUUCCCACCAGCGGAUCAACUACACACUGCCGAGACCAACGAGUUCCUCAAGAAUGUACUCAAGAAGGUCAAGGUCGACUGCUCAGAACCUCGCACCAACUCAAGAAUGAUUGACAAGUUGGUUGGUGAGUUCAUCGAGGAGACUGCUAUCAACCCUACAUUCAUUAUCGGUCACCCCGAGGUCAUGUCGCCACUUGCUAAAUACCACCGCGAUAUCCCUGGUCUCUGCGAACGUUUCGAGGCCUUUGUAUGCAAGAAGGAGAUCUGCAACGCUUAUACUGAGCUUAACGACCCCUUCGAUCAGCGUCUGCGAUUCGAAGAGCAAGCGAACCAGAAGGCGGCUGGUGACGACGAAGCACAGCUCAUUGACGAGACCUUCUGUCAGUCGCUCGAGUACGGUCUGCCACCCACCGGUGGUUGGGGUAUGGGCAUCGACCGUCUAGUCAUGUUCUUGACCGACCACUACUCCAUCAAGGAGGUGCUCACCUUCCCCUUCAUGAAGGACAUUAUCGAGGUCAAGACGCCCGCAGCGGAGGUCGUCGAUGUAACGCCCAAGCCCACUGAGGGCAUUCAUCUAGACGACUGA